CCCUUUUUCCUCCGGCCCGGCCCAGACCGGUUCCAACCUGCUGGGGCCGGUCCCGACUGCUUUCAGCUGCCACCCGUUUCUGGUCGGGUGGUGAGGCGGGAAACGCGGUCGCCGCCGCCGAGUGGGGAAGGCAGGAGUGCGGAGUGCACACAUCCUAGGCCAGGGCUUCAAGGCCUGACUGUUCCUCAGAUCAUAAACCACAGUACCAGGCUCUUGCGGGUCGAUAAGCAGGCCAAGGCACGACCAGGAUGAGUUCCUUAGGGGCCAGCCCUGCAACCUCCUAGGAGUGACGUUUAGCGUGAAGUCUAGUACGUCGAUCCCUGUACUGUGCCGAGGAGGCCUUUUGUGUCCCCAAGGCCCGUGUGUUGUCCACAGAGGCUAGUCUUGCUUAAGUCACCUAAACUGUUGACCCAGCCCGACUCGGGGACCCCGCGCAUGAAGGAAUGAGUCUGUCCUCAGGCCCAACUUAAAUGUGGUAUCAGAGAGCGAGCUCCAAAUGCUGACACUACGAGAACCCAUUAAGAUGGAAAACCACUUCCUGGGAAUCUAUUUGUGUCUAAGUGCCUCUGUCUUUUUUCUCUCUAUUUCCUUUCAAGGCACAUUAAGCAAUUACCUAGUGCUAGGUGCUUUGGGAGAAAGGCACAGGAAAAGAGGCGGGCCCUCUUGUUAAGCAAAAUGUUGGUUUCCAUUUUCCCUGAUGCUCCUUGAGGGCCUCUCAUCCCCAUGGGCUCCUGAGUGAUGUGCAUGUUUAGAAAGAUCCCCAAGUGACCUCCGGCUUGCUGGAGGUUUGGAACCUAGUGGGGUUGAACAACGCCUAAGACCCACACAGUACGGCUGCCUGGUGAACCGAGAGCAGGAAGCUGGAGUAGAAAGAACUGAAAGUAGACAAGGAGGAGCUCUUGUCUGUCACUCACAGAACUAUGUUAGAUACUAAAGAAGGCUUCCCCACAAUCCAUAUGCAUCUGCUUUGACUGGUGGUUUCUAUCAACCUACAAAGACUGACUUAUUGGUGAGGGCAGCUGGACAACUCUGAGAUCAACUUAGAGAAAUCCAUCUUGGGCACACUCUAUAAAGGAGCUCCUUCUCUGGAAAUAGCACCCCAGAUAAGUGCACAAAAGCAAGACACCCUCGUGGACCUACUUCCUCCCGCUUUCAACACCCUGAUGCCUGAAGCUAUACUUGAUACUAAAGGAGGUUUUCGCACAUGUGCAUCUUCUGUAUUUUGAAAUUGCAACUAUGGACAGUUAUGGCUAAUCCUAGUAGAUUGUCUUCCCUUCUUUUAACAUCUUGGAUGAAUUUGGGGCACACUAAUGUGUUAUGUGAAGAUGGAUGUUGAAUGUACCUGAAGGAGUUCCGCACGGAGCAGUGCCCGCUCUUCGUGCAACACAAAUGCACGCAGCACCGGCCCUACACCUGCUUCCACUGGCACUUUGUGAACCAGCGACGCCGCCGGUCCAUCCGUCGUCGGGACGGCACGUUCAACUACAGCCCCGACGUCUAUUGCACCAAGUACGACGAGGCUACAGGCCUGUGCCCGGAGGGCGACGAGUGCCCAUUCCUGCACAGGACCACAGGGGACACCGAGCGCAGGUACCACCUGCGUUACUAUAAAACUGGAAUCUGCAUCCACGAGACAGACUCAAAAGGCAACUGCACCAAAAACGGCCUGCACUGCGCUUUUGCCCACGGGCCCCAUGACCUCCGCUCCCCUGUCUACGACAUCAGGGAGCUCCAGGCCAUGGAGGCUUUGCAGAACGGCCAGACCACAGUAGAAGGCAGCAUAGAGGGCCAGUCGGCUGGGGCCGCAAGCCACGCCAUGAUAGAAAAAAUCCUCAGUGAGGAGCCGCGCUGGCAAGAGACGGCAUAUGUGCUGGGCAACUAUAAGACGGAACCGUGCAAGAAGCCCCCACGGCUGUGCCGCCAGGGUUACGCCUGUCCCUACUACCACAACAGCAAGGACCGGCGGCGGAGCCCCCGGAAACACAAGUACAGGUCGUCUCCAUGUCCGAACGUAAAACACGGGGAUGAGUGGGGAGAUCCCGGCAAGUGUGAGAAUGGAGAUGCCUGCCAGUACUGCCACACCCGCACGGAACAGCAGUUCCAUCCGGAGAUCUAUAAAUCCACCAAGUGCAACGACAUGCAGCAGUCGGGCAGCUGUCCACGGGGACCGUUCUGCGCCUUCGCCCACGUAGAACAGCCACCCCUCAGUGAUGACCUGCAGCCUUCCUCAGCGGUGUCCAGCCCCACCCAGCCGGGUCCCGUCUUAUACAUGCCAUCUGCUGCCGGAGACUCGGUGCCCGUGAGCCCCUCCAGCCCGCAUGCCCCUGACCUCAGCGCCCUCCUCUGUAGAAACAGCAGUCUAGGCAGCCCAUCCAACCUCCGUAGCUCCCCUCCAGCCUCCACCAGGAAGCCCCCAAGCCUGGAAGGUAUCGUCUUCCCUGGGGAGGCCGGCCUCGCCCCUGGCAGCUAUAAGAAGGCUCCGGGCUUUGAGAGGGAAGACCAGGUGGGGGUCGAGUUCCUGAAAAACUUCAAAUGCCAGGCCAAGUUAAAACCCCACUCGCUAGAGCCCAGGAGUCAAGAGCAACCUCUGCUUCAGCCCAAACAGGACGUGCUGGGCAUCCUCCCUGUGGGCAGCCCCCUGACCUCAAGCAUCUCUUCUAGUAUCACCUCCAGCCUGGCAGCUACUCCCCCUAGCCCCGCUGGCACCAGCAGCGUCCCUGGCAUGAAUGCAAAUGCUCUGCCCUUCUACCCCACCAGCGACACGGUAGAGUCGGUCAUAGAGUCUGCCCUGGAUGACCUGGACUUGAAUGAGUUUGGGGUGGCCGCCCUAGAGAAGACUUUCGACAACAGCACAGUAGCCCACCCAGGCAGCAUCACAAUUGGCGGCAGUUUGCUGCAGAGCUCUGCCCCCGUGAACAUCCCCGGCUCCUUGGGCAGCCCCGCCUCCUUCCACUCAGCAUCCCCGUCCCCUCCUGUUAGCCUCUCCUCACAUUUCCUGCAGCAGCCCCAGGGCCACCUGAGUCAGUCAGAAAACACGUUUUUGGGGACCUCAGCAUCACAUGGAUCUUUGGGUCUGAAUGGGAUGAACAGCAGCAUCUGGGAGCACUUUGCCUCUGGAAGUUUCUCCCCAGGCACUUCCCCUGCCUUCCUGUCAGGGCCGGGGGCUGCCGAACUGGCCCGGCUUCGGCAAGAGCUAGACGAAGCCAAUGGCACCAUCAAGCAGUGGGAGGAGUCCUGGAAGCAGGCGAAGCAGGCUUGUGACGCCUGGAAGAAGGAGGCCGAGGAGGCUGGUGAGCGGGCCAGCGCAGCAGGCGCUGAGUGCGAGCUGGCGCGGGAGCAGCGUGACGAGCUGGAGCUGCAGGUGAAGAAGCUACAGGAGGAGCUGGAGCGGCUGCACUCAGGGCCUGACCCGCAGGCCCUGCCCGCCUUCUCAGACCUGGAGGCCCUCUCGCUCUCCACCCUCUACUCCCUCCAAAAGCAGCUGCGGGCCCACCUGGAGCAAGUGGACAAGGCUGUGUUCCACAUGCAGUCGGUGAAAUGCCUUAAGUGUCAGGAGCAGAAGCGGGCGGUACUGCCGUGCCAACACGCCGUGCUGUGCGAGCUCUGUGCCGAGGGCAGUGAGUGCCCCGUCUGCCAGCCAGGCCGGGCCCACUCCCUCCAGUCGUGACCCUGCAGGCCUGGCUCCGGCCUGGCUCAGAUCUUCUCACCUAGGACUUUUUAAAGUAUAUAUAUGUAUGUAUGUAUGUAUGUAUGUAUGUAUGUAUAUGUAUAUGAUUAUGGAAAUGUAUACAUUUCUGUAUGUGUGCAGGUAUGCGUGGGCGGCCAGUGUGUGAAGUGUCUGUGUGUAUAUCUGUAUUUGGAUAUAGACACACACUUUAAAACAGACUUACCAAGCACUUUUUAAAAGAAGAAACUAUUUUGCAGUCCUCCCCCUGCCCACUCCCUACCUUUCCCACUUUCCCCUCUUCUCCCACCCGCCUUUUGGCAGGGAAUCUGUUUCUGUCUUUUUUUACGUAGGAACUAACUAUUUUUAACUUCUUCCUGGGGCCUGAGCAGGGAAGGGUGGGGAGUUAGAAGGGGCCGCGGGGAGGGGACAAGCCUUCCGGGCAGGCCCUGUUCACCCUACCUCCCCAGGCCGGGGUGAGGGCAGACCUGGUUCCCAGGUGUGAGGCCUGAGGGGGUGUGCUGCGGGUCUAGACCAGCCUAGCUCCUAGGUUUACCAAAUGUGUAUUCAGUUCAGGGCUGGUCGACCCAAGCUGCGGGGCCAGCCCUGCUCCCCACUCUGGGCCCUUGAAGCCCCUCGAGGGGCAAGGCCCGGGAGUGCUACCCCUCAGGUUCCUGAGGUCGGGGGUCAAUCCUUUCCCCUGGGUUUCCAAAGCAGCCUCCCUCGCCCCAGGGCCACCUACCAGGUUGGCAUUGCAUUCCCCGUCCCCCCUUCUGGCACAGCCCCUGUGCUCUCCGCCCCCUCCCUCUGGCAGCUAGCAGGGCAAUGGACGGGGAGGAGCUGCGGACGUGAGGACCAGGGGGUUCAGGCCCUGCCUUCCCUGCCAGGAGGCGCUCCGUAUGCAUUCCUUGGUGCUCUCCGAGUGCAGCUGACGUUCUGCCCCGUUUGGAGCAGUCGCCUGUGUGCAUGUGUGUGCGUGCCUGUCCAAUGUAUAGUGUGUCUUAGCUUCCAUUUUAAAAAUUGUUCUGUACAGAGAGAUGCAUAGGGGUGGGAGGGCAGCGCGGGCAGAGGGCAGCCACCCCACUCCCAGCGCUGGGUGUCUGGGGUGGGAGCAAGAAGGCUGCAAAGGGUCUGGCCCCAGCCUCCCCUCCCUUGGGCUCAGCACGAAAGGGCUUUCAACGAAUUAAGUGAAAACUUUUUUUACAAAAAUACAAAAAUCAACAAAACUCCAAACCUAUUGGAAAUAAAAUAUGAACUUGCAAUGGUAGCAUGUUUAGAUGGGGUGAAGAAUGGGGCCCCAGAAGAGGGCCUCUGAACUCUGAGGUGGGCCAGCUCGGCUGUCCCAUCCCAGGUGCCAGCCCCACCUGGGCUGGGAGCCCUGCCUCAGCCAUGGAAACAGGUUUGUGCCCCCACCCCUGAGCUGUGGCCAGGCACUGCAGUGGCCUAGAGGCUCCCUGGGCCCAUCCAGGCUCCUAGACAGAGCCUGUCUCUGCCAGUGCUCUCUGCCCCAGGCCUGCUGUGUUGAUGUGAUGGGGGCCGAGACCUCUGAGCCCUGCCACUCCCCUCUUCAGGCUCUUUCAACAGCUGCCCCUGGUUGACUUAAUGUUGUUUUCCAAAGGACAGCAGG